AUGUUUAAAAAGUGGAUCCUCUUUGUGUCGGUUGUGUGUGUAAUCCAGGUCAUCGCUGAUAAAAAUUCUGAAAAUUUAACCGAUAAAACAAAAUGCGAUAAGUUCCAAAUAAAAGGUAAUGAUGUGCCUGAAAUUUCAAUGAGCUCUUCUGAAAACAUGAGUGUCACUUCGUCGGAGAAGGACGUUACAUCAAAUGAUACACCAACAUAUUCUUCUGAUUCUCUUACCGAUGAAAGUGUAUCAAGUUCCAACUCUACAUCAUUUUCUAAUGGGAGUGAAUCAGUUUCAAAUCACACAAGUGAAGACUCUUUUUCAAAUGAAAGCGAAAGUUCGUUGUCGAGUAAUUCAUCAGAUUAUAGCAAUGGUACAAUUCCUUCUGAAAGUAGUGAAUCUAAUUCCACAAACACAUCUUCGGAAAAUACUUUUUCGUCGUCAAGCAAUGACGACCCUUUUGAUUUAGACCUUCCCGACGAUGUUUUAUGGAACGACUUUCUUACUAUUUACAAUAAGACGUAUUCCUCACCAGAAGAAGAAAUACUUCGCAAUAAACAAUUUGCACGCUCUUUAAGUCUUUACCGUACUUACAAUUUAUUAAGAAAAACAGAAAACGCUGCUGUUUUUGGAGUUACACAGUACAGUGAUAUGUUACCAAACGAGCUCUUUUGCACAAACCCGAAAAUGCAAGUCCCAUCGACGAACCCAACGCCACUCCCUAUUCUUCCAAAAUUGAAAUCGUUUCCUCUCAACUUUUCACGGUGUGGAAAAUACACCCUGAAUAACGAAGGAAACACCAACAAAGAUAAUUACUGUACAGAUAAUACAUAUGUGGGAUGUGAUGGGUGCUACGUCUUUUCGGCAAUAGAGAUGGCGUCGAUUCUAUUUUACAAUAAAACAUCUCUGAGAAUUGAAGCAGAUCCUUUCCCAUUGUUCGACUGUGUUUGGAGUUCAAAUGGUUGUUGUGGUGGCGACCCCAAAGAAUUGUUACUCAACGGGAACCAAUACUUUUACACCGGAAAUGGGGAGUUUACGGAUACCAACGGAGUGUAUUCUCGAUGUAACCGAAGCACAUGUGUCACAGAGGGAAAAACCCCAUUCGGCAUUGUCAAGAACAUCAUCACCUUUGCGUCUACCGAUUCAUCAAAAGACUUGAAAACGAUAUUGUUGGUCUAUGGUCCCUUUAUUAGUACCAUUAGAGUUGAUGACGGCAUUCAGGGCUAUAAAGGCGGUGUUUUGUAUAUGAAUUGUAGCGACGAGACAUUACAAUUGGCUAAUGUAAUUGUUGUUGGGUAUGGGACUGAACCAUCUGGAGAGGAGUAUUUUAUUAUUCGAAAUUAUUGGGGAGACUGGGGGGAGGAAGGGUAUAUGAGGGUGUCAAUGACAAAUUUGUGUGGGGUUGGGCAACAAGCGACUGGAAAGGAAGCCACAAAUUACAUCAUUCAAGCCUAUUUCUGUGUUGCCGAUCCCUAUUGUUUGAAAUGUGAUACAACGACUGGGAAAUGCAUCGAGUGUGGACACUUUUCACUGUUGGACAAGAACGGGAUGUGCUCAACAGAAUGUCCAGAAGAUUGCCUGACUUGUGAUAAAGAGUUAACGAAGUGUUACACUUGUAAAAAUGGAGCUAUAUUAGAAGAUGACAAGUGUGUGUUCCAAUGUCCAGACAACUGUAAGACGUGUGAUAGAACAACAAUGUACUGCACAUCAUGUAAUGCGUUGUAUGAACUUCAUGAUCAUGGGUGCAGAUUUGCGUGUACCGAGUCGUGUAAAACGUGUAACUCAGAGCUGCAAAUCUGCCAAGAGUGUAAAGACAAUUCUGUGCUGCAAGGCUCCAUUUGUAUGGUCACGUGUCCCGAAGGGUGUAAAACGUGCGAUAGAAUCACACAAGUAUGCUACUCGUGCCAGCGAUUCUACAAACUCUCACAAACAAAGUGCGUUCCAACGUGUCGGGACAAGUGCACUGAAUGCAACGCGCUUGACACUGAGUGUGUGGCGUGUGAAUUUGCUUAUGUGCUCUACAACGGUUCUUGCUACUCGAAUUCAUGCAAAGGGAAUUGCCAGCUGUGCGAUCUCACGACUUAUGAAUGUGAGGUGUGCAAAGAGAAUUACUUUCCGUACAAAGGGAAGUGCUAUUUGAAGUCGGACACAGCAGUCCUUUCGCUGUACAUCAUCAUUGGUAUCUCCACUAUAUUGAUGAACUUUUUUUAA